AUGCCACCAAAAAAGGGAUCAAAGAGGAAGACGCCUGCGAACCCCGCAAGGGCGCCCAUGACAACGUCAUUGCCAUCGAAGGCCAAACUACAACAAGCGGAGGAAGAGAAGGCACGAUUAGCGGCUGAAGAAGAAGAGAAAAAAGCUGCUGCUGCCGCGGCCGAGGAGGAGGCUGCGCGAUUGGCUGCGGCAAAGACUUCGGAAGCGGAAAAUGGAAAAUUUCUUAGUCCGGAGGAUUACGCUGCACAACUUGAAGAUAAUGAGCUUCAGGAAUUUCUUGAGAAAAAUGGUGAUAAGGUAUCUCGGGAAGCAAGGAGAGUGGUCACCAAAUACGAAGGAGAGAGACGGACUCUGAGAGCUACUGGGAACACCGGGUGUACUUCUUUCAACGUUUCGGACUGGUUAGACGAGCAAGAUGUCGAACAAAUUCUUCAGAUGCACCGAGAGAGUGAGGGAGCAAAGCAUACGGUCACGGCGUCUGAUGAGACAGCAUACUCCCUCGAAGUCUGGAAGCUUUACCAUACUCUAUCAGACCUUGGGUUUAGAGAGUCACAUAUCAAAGAGGUCAUCACGCUGGGGAUCUCAGCCCCAGAAGAUGCCAUCGAAUACUUGAUUCUAUUCUACCCGGAAAAUCAGCUCCCAAGCUUUAAUAACCCAAAUUCUAGGCCUCCUAAAAAUGGACAACAACUUUUUCAAGUCGCCACUGGCGACGCGCCUACUAAAGCUGGAGGUAGAGAGCUUCUGGAUACACUACCUGCCGAUGUAUCUUCGGAGGCCCCCACUGGUACUCUAUCAAAGGAACCUGUUGAAAAGCUAGAAGAUGAUAUUUCGUCAGAGAGCGAAUACGAGGAAGACAACCUAGAUCCUGCCAUACUGGUAUCGCAGUAUCUUAGAUAUAUGCGAAAAACAAGUCGCAUUACAGGAAUUUGGAUCGCAGAGUUCUCCAAAAAGUCUAAGAAGAAAGGGAAUGCCGGGGUCUCUAUCUCUCAAUCUGUGCCCCUGACAAAGGAGCGUUCUCAGCAACUAUCGAUCUUAAUAUCCAAGUUAGAGAGGCUCAAAACGGAUCCAUUAUUCGACCAACAGCAGGCUGCUGAGCUCUGGGAAAGAGAGGUCGAAGAAGAGAAACAAAGAUCAACAGCCAUGGCCCGCUCAAGGACGAGGAAAGCCGCCACCGGUGAAAAUAAGCGAACCGGAAGCAAUUCUAGAAGCGGUGCAGGUAGUGUUAAUGGAGACUCGGGUGACGAAGCAAUAGUGACUGGGUUUGGAGGUAUUAAGCUUGGACGCAACAGAAGCAGGGCAUCUAGUAGAGCUAGCGCUUCCAGUACAGAUGGCGGGGCUUUCGGCACCAUUUUCAACGCGGAACCAGGGAGCGAAGAUCCUAAGCCGUCAACUAAUACCACUUCUUUUGUCAGAGAUUUUGGGAAACCCUCGGAGAUAAAUCCAUCUUCGAAGAAGAUUCUUGAGGAAGCAGUGAGCGGCCGUUACGCAGGCGCUAAGGUUAGCACCAGGGAUAUUAGCAAUAGUGCGAAUUUCCAGUCUGAGAUUUACGUUACAUGGCCGUUGUCGGGAAACUUGCCUACAGUAUUUCCAUCGGAAAUCAGCGAGACCGACGAAGAGGGACAAGAAAGAAAGGACGUAUACUACUCAAUUCAUACACUCAAAUCUCAUGAUGGAAGAUCUAUUACAACACGAUUUAGGAUGGUUAAUAUCUCGUGUCCUACGAAAAUACAAGCCGAUUUUUUCUUGGCUACCGUUGUUCUUUAUCAACUGUUUCCUGAAGAAAAGCUCUACUUGCGUCUAAAUAGCGUUUGGAGAGGGUACUGGCAGGAGUUGCUAGCAGAAGCAAAACUGGAGGCUGACAAAAAUGAGAAAAAAUUGCUGAAGUGGGUACGAAGUGCGACGGAGGAUAUCAUGCUAGAUGCAAGCCCUCCAGAAGAUAAGGGUAGAAUCAACCUAGAAGCUGAAGUUGGGGAUGGAAAGAAAAUAUUUUACGAAUCUUUGGAAUUCAUGACGAUGCAGCAAAUACGAAGCACAUACGAAGCGAAGAUCACGAAUCCGAUGUAUCACUACAUGCUCCAAGGGAGGAUGGGACUUCCUAUCUGGGCUUAUAGAGAGCAGCUUCUCCAAGCAAUUAGUGAAAACCAGGUCACUAUUGUUUGUGGUGAGACUGGGUGCGGAAAGAGCACUCAGCUGCCUGCGUAUAUUCUCGAGAGCUGCCUUGCUGCCGGAGAGUCGUGUCGCAUAUUUGUUACGGAACCAAGACGUAUUUCGGCUAUAUCUCUGGCAAAGAGAGUGUGCGAGGAGCUGGGAGAAAUGGGAACGGAUCUAGGUACCAAUCGCUCCCUUGUUGGGUACUCUAUUCGGCUCGAAGGAAAGUUCACUUCGAAAACACGCUUGAUCUAUGCUACGACUGGUAUUGUUAUGCGCAUGCUAGAGCGUGGUAAUAAUCUUCGAGAAAUUACACAUUUGAUUCUCGAUGAAGUCCACGAAAGGUCAAUUGAAAGCGAUUUCCUGCUUCUUGUCCUCAAAAAGUUGCUUGCUGUGCGACAGGACCUCAAAGUAAUCCUAAUGUCUGCAACUGUCGAUGCCAAAAAAUUCUCAGACUACCUAGACAACGCCCCGGUUUUCCAGAUCCCAGGGAGAACAUUCCCAGUCCAAACCUUCUAUUUGGAGGAUGCGGUCGAGCUUUCUGGGUUCAUCCUCUCAGAUGAUUCUGUUCGCCGCAACCGCCGCCAAGUUGACGACUUUGAUUUGGAUGCGGGUGAAGAAACCGGACCGGCAUCGGCGUCUAGCUAUGAAGGUUACAGCACGCAAACACGCAAAACGAUGGCUCGAUUUGAUGAGUGGACUAUCAACUAUGAUCUUAUUGUACAACUCUUGGCUAGCAUUGCCACGAACCCUGGCUAUGUUCCUUUCAGCAGGGCUAUUUUGAUCUUCUUGCCGGGUCUCAGCGAGAUAAGAAAACUUCACAGUACUUUGCUAGGGGACCCCAACUUUCAAAACGGCUGGGUGGUUCAUGCACUACACUCCACGAUCGCUACAGAAGAACAGGAACAGGCUUUCCUGCUACCCGAACUGGGCAUCAGAAAGGUUGUCCUUGCCACCAAUAUUGCAGAAACGGGUAUCACAAUUCCAGAUAUCACAUGUGUCAUUGAUACUUGCAAAUCCAAGGAAAUGAGAUUCGACGAAAAGAAACAAUUGUCAAGACUGAUUGAAACCUUCAUCUCAAAAGCCAAUGCGAAACAAAGACGGGGUAGAGCUGGUAGAGUACAGGAAGGGCUGUGCUUCCAUCUUGUGACGCAAGAGAGGUUUAAUAGCUAUUUCCCAGAACAGCAAGUCCCAGAAAUGCUUCGGCUUUCACUCCAAGACCUUGUUUUACGAAUCAAGAUAUGUAAUCUAGGAGGGAUUGAAGAAACUUUGUCAUCAGCUCUUGACCCUCCCACACCCAAGAAUGUCUCCCGAGCAAUAGAUUCUCUGUUGGAGGUUAAAGCAUUGACACCAAAUGAGGAUUUAACGCCGUUGGGAAGACACCUAGCUCAACUCCCUCUCGAUGUUUACCUCGGCAAGCUUCUCCUACUAAGCUCUCUCUACGGCUGCGUGGAUGUCUGCGUAACAAUUGCAGCUAUCCUUUCCUCGAAAUCUCCAUGGGUCCAACCAUUUGGCAAGCGUGAGCAGGCUGAAGCCAUUAGACUUACCUGGAAAACAGGGGAUUCCGAUCUUCUCACUACUUACUCUGCCUACAGUGGUUGGCGCCGAGCUGUCGAAACGAAAGGCGUAAACGAGUUUGAAUUUUGUAACAAAAACUACUUGAGUUUCCGAAACUUAGCCGCAAUCGAAGAAAUGAAGACCCAGCUCUUCGUGGCCCUCGCGGACAGCGGUAUCAUGCGACUGGAACCCGAGGAACGUGUUCGUCUCAACAGAGCCAGAUACUUGCGCCGUGGGAAGACCCAAUUCUUCACCGCGCCUGAUCGAUAUGAUUUUAACAGUAAAAACGACGACGUUGUUUGUUCUACCAUUGCCGCUGGGUUCUACCCAAAGAUUAUUUCAAGAGAUGGCAAGGGGUGGAAGAACAUCGCGAACAAUCAAAGUCUUAACGUUGCGGUUACUUCGGUGAAUCGGAAGAACAAUCGCAUCGAUUGGCUAUCGUAUUACAAUAUCUUUCAAUCAAGCAGCAAAUAUUACGAUGCGUAUGAAACAAGUCGGGUGAAUGAUAUCGUGUUAGCAUUGCUAUGUGGUGAUGCCGAAUUUAAGCUCUACGCUGGUGCUAUGAUCAUUGACGGUAAUCGUAUCCGUUUUGUAUUUGAAAGCUGGAAGGGAAUGGUUGCUAUCCGUAUACUUCGGAAUCAAAUCCGCUCCCUGACGGCUCAAAAAUGGAAAAAUAUCGACGUUGGGAUAUCCCCUGAGGACUUGCAAUGGUUUGAUAUUGCAAUGCGUGUUUUGGGGCGUGGUAAGGUUAGAUCUUCCUAG